GGGCUGCGCUGUCUCUGGUCUCACAGGGCUGGGGGUCAAAAUGUGUUUGUUGCGGCGUGUUGCUCCUCGAUUCUCUAUCCCUCCGAGCAACCACGAGGUGAUGCCUGGGGGGAGCGUGAACCUCACGUGCGUGGCAGUAGGUGCUCCGAUGCCCUACGUGAAGUGGAUGGCUGGCGUGGAGGAACUGACCAAAGAGGAUGAGAUGCCCGUCGGUAGGAACGUCCUGGAGCUGAACAAUAUCGUGCAGUCUGCCAACUACACCUGCGUGGCCAUCUCCUCCCUCGGCAUGAUCGAAGCCACAGCCCAGAUCACUGUCAAAGCACUGCCAAAACCUCCAACGGAGCCAUUAGUGACUGAAACGACAGCUACCAGCGUGACCCUCACCUGGGAUUCAGGCAACUCCGACCCCAUUUCCUAUUACGUCAUCCAGUACAAGCCCAAAUCCUUGGAGGGUCAGUUCCAGGAGGUAGAUGGUGUGGCAACAACCCGCUAUAGCAUAGGUGGGCUCAGCCCCUUCUCGGAGUAUGAGUUCCGGGUCAUUGCAGUCAAUAACAUUGGCAGGGGGCCCCCCAGUGAGCUGGUCGAGGCCCGGACAGGAGAGCAAGCUCCUUCAAGUCCACCCCUCAAGGUCCAGGCCCGGAUGCUGAGCGCCAGCACCAUGUUGGUCCAGUGGGAGCAGCCAGAGGAGCCAAACGGACAGAUCAGAGGGUACCGCGUCUACUAUACCACCGACUCGCAUCUGCCUCUGAGCAUGUGGCAGAAACACAACACCGAUGACAGCCACCUCACCACCGUGGGGAGCCUCAUCACGGGGACCACCUACAGCAUCCGCGUCCUGGCCUUUACUUCGGUGGGCGACGGGCCCCCCUCGGACAUCAUCCAGGUCAAAACGCAGCAAGGGGUUCCUGCCCAACCAGCUGACUUCCAGGCAGAAGCAGAGUCUGAUACCCGCAUCCUGCUGACAUGGCUCCCUGCCUCUCAGGAACGCAUUACCAAAUACGAGCUGCUGUAUUGGGAAGGGGAGGAUGGCACUCAGCAAAAGGUGGAAUUUGACCCAACCUCCUCGUAUGCUGUGGAAGGUCUCAAACCAGACACGCUGUAUAAGUUUCGUCUGGGUGCCCGCUCAGAGCUCGGGGUAGGAGUCUACACCCCCACGAUUGAAGCCAGAACUGCCCAAUCCACCCCCUCCGCCCCACCCCAAGAAGUCGAGUGUGUAAGCACCAGCUCCACUACCAUCCGGGUAAGUUGGGUGCCGCCGCCUGCCCAGAGCCGCAAUGGGGUCAUCACCCAGUACUCCAUUGCCUACCAGGCAGUGGAAGGAGAUGACAACACCAAGCAUGUGGUGGAUGGCAUUGGACGGGAGCACUCCAGCUGGGAGAUCAAGGACCUGGAGAAAUGGACCGAGUACAAGGUGUGGGUAAGGGCUCACACCGAUGUGGGGCCAGGACCGGAGAGCGUCCCCGUGCACGUGCGCACUGACGAGGAUGUGCCCAGUGCCCCACCGCGCAAGGUGGAGGUAGAGUCUGUGAAUUCGACUGCCAUCCGGGUGAGCUGGAAGCUGCCCAUCUCCAACAAGCAGCACGGGCAGAUCCGCGGGUACCAGGUUACGUACGUGAAGCUGGAAAACAAUGAGCCCCGAGGGCAGCCAGUGAUCAAGGACGUCAUGCUGUCGGAAGCACAGUGGAGAGCUGAGGACUCCGUGGACCAUGAGACGGUCAUUGGAGGCCUGCUGCCGGAAACCACCUACUCCGUCACAGUUGCUGCCUACACCACCAAAGGAGAUGGUGCCCGCAGCAAGCCCAAAGUCAUCACCACCACAGGGGCAGUCCCGGGGAAGCCCACCAUGAUGAUUAGCACGACAGCCAUGAACACAGCCCUCAUCCAGUGGCACCCACCCAAGGAGAUGGUAGGGGAGCUGCUGGGUUACCGGCUGCAGUACAGACGUCUUGAUGAGGAAAAGAUGAACACGAUAGACUUCGGGAAGAGAGACCAUCACUACACUGUGACCAACCUGCACAAGGGGGCCACGUACCUCUUCAAGCUGUCUGCCAAGAACAGAGCUGGCCCAGGAGAGGAGUUUGAGAAGGAGAUCACUACUGCGGAAGACGUGCCAAGUGGCUUCCCACAGAACCUGCGUGUGGUGGGUCUCACCACUUCCACCACAGAAGUUGCCUGGGACCCCCCAGUCUUGGCAGAAAGAAAUGGCAAGAUCGUCAACUACACAGUGGUAUACAGGGAUAUAAAUAGCCAGCAGGACCUGUUUAACAUCACCAAGGACACAAGUAUUACUCUGACGAAUUUGAAGCCCGAUACCACUUACGACAUCAAAGUGAGGGCCCGCACCAAUAAGGGGGUUGGGCCGCUCAGCCCCAGCAUCCAGUCCCGGACCAUGCCUGUUGAGCAAGUGUUUGCUAAGAACUUCCGCGUCAAUGCCGUCAUGAAAACGUCUGUGUUGCUGAGCUGGGAAGUGCCUGACUCCUAUAAAUCUGCAGUGCCUUUUAAGAUUCUGUACAAUAGCCAGAGUGUGGAGGUGGAUGGCCACUCGAUGAAGAAACUCAUAAGUGACCUCCAGCCUGACACGGACUAUUCCUUUGUGCUAAUGAACCGUGGGAGCAGUGCUGGGGGGCUCCAGCACCUUGUCUCAAUCCGCACCGCUCCGGACGUCUUGCAAAGCAAACCCAUCGCCACAAACAAGUACAUACAGGAAGGAAAAUUCACACUCACACUUCCCAAAGUGCAGACCACUGUGCCGGUUAGGUGGUACUACAUUGUGGUUGUGCCAGCGGAUCAGAGCACCAGCAGCCCUACCGCUCGGUGGCGGACGCCUGACGAGAUGGAGCUGGACCAGCUGCUGGAGGCCAUAAGCCAGGGGAGUCAGAGCCGGCGCCAGCGACGCCAAGCAGACAGGCUCAAGCCCUACAUUGCUGCUCAAGUGGAUGUGCUGCCCGAGACCUUCACGCUGGGGGACGAGAAGAACUACAAAGGUUUCUACAACAAGCCCCUGUCUCAAGACCUGAGCUAUCGCUGCUUCGUGCUGGCCUCACUGGAGGAUGGGGACACGAAGAGAUACGCAGCCAGCCCCUACUCAGAUGAGAUUGUGAUGGAAGUAGCUUCAGCAAAGCAGCAGGAUGAACCGGAGAUGCUGUGGGUGAUGGGACCUGUCCUGGCCGUCAUAUUAAUCAUCAUCAUUGUCAUUGCUAUACUCCUCUUCAAAAGUAAGCAAGAAAGGAAAAGGGCACACUCCCCCUCUUCCAAGGAUGAGCACUCCAUUGGCCUGAAAGACUCGCUCUUGGCCCACUCCUCUGACCCGGUUGAGAUGAGGCGGCUCAACUACCAGACUCCAGGCAUGCGCGACCACCCCCCCAUCCCUGUGACGGACCUCGCCGACAACAUCGACAGGCUGAAAGCCAACGACGGGCUGAAGUUCUCCCAGGAGUAUGAGUCCAUUGAUCCGGGGCAGCAGUUCACCUGGGAGAACUCCAACCUGGAGGUGAAUAAACCGAAAAACCGCUAUGCAAACGUGAUCGCCUAUGACCACUCACGCGUCAUCCUGACCUCCAUCGAUGGGGUCCCAGGCAGUGAUUACAUCAAUGCCAAUUACAUUGAUGGGUAUCGGAAGCAGAACGCCUACAUCGCCACGCAAGGACCUCUGCCAGAAACCCUCAGCGACUUCUGGAGGAUGGUGUGGGAACAGAGAACAGCAACGAUAGUCAUGAUGACCAGGCUGGAGGAGAAGUCCAGGGUGAAGUGUGACCAGUACUGGCCAAGCCGGGGCACAGAAACCUAUGGGAUGAUCCAGGUGACGCUGCUGGACACAGUUGAGCUGGCAACCUACACUGUCCGCACCUUUGCACUGUACAAGAAUGGUUCCAGUGAGAAGCGAGAGCUGCGACAGUUCCAGUUCAUGGCUUGGCCCGAUCACGGGGUGCCAGAAUACCCCACCCCGAUCCUGGCUUUCCUGCGACGGGUCAAGGCCUGUAACCCACCAGACGCUGGGCCCAUGGUUGUCCAUUGCAGCGCUGGCGUGGGCCGAACUGGCUGCUUCAUCGUCAUUGACGCCAUGCUGGAGCGGAUGAAGCACGAGAAGACGGUGGACAUCUACGGCCACGUGACGUGCAUGCGCUCGCAGCGCAACUACAUGGUGCAGACAGAGGACCAGUACAUCUUCAUCCACGAGGCCUUGCUGGAGGCGGCCACCUGCGGCAACACCGAGGUGCCUGCACGCAACCUCUUCGCUCACAUCCAGAAGCUGACCCAGGUGCCGCCAGGCGAGAGCGUUACUGCAAUGGAGCUGGAAUUCAAGCUGCUGGCCAACUCUAAAGCACAUACCUCACGUUUCAUCAGUGCCAACCUCCCGUGCAACAAAUUCAAGAACCGCCUGGUGAACAUCAUGCCGUACGAGCUGACGAGAGUCUGUCUGCAGCCUAUCCGGGGUGUCGAGGGCUCCGAUUACAUCAAUGCCAGCUUCAUAGAUGGGUACAGGCAGCAGAAGGCCUACAUCGCCACGCAGGGACCGCUGGCCGAGACCACAGAGGAUUUCUGGCGGAUGCUGUGGGAGCACAACUCCACCAUCGUGGUGAUGUUGACAAAGCUGCGCGAGAUGGGCCGGGAGAAGUGCCAUCAGUACUGGCCCGCGGAGCGCUCCGCCCGGUACCAGUACUUCGUGGUGGACCCCAUGGCAGAGUACAACAUGCCGCAGUACAUCCUCCGGGAUUUCAAGGGGACGGAUGCCAGGGACGGCCAGUCACGGACCAUCCGCCAGUUCCAGUUUACAGACUGGCCUGAGCAGGGAGUGCCAAAGACGGGAGAGGGCUUCAUCGACUUCAUCGGGCAGGUGCACAAGACCAAGGAGCAGUUUGGGCAGGACGGGCCCAUCACGGUGCACUGCAGCGCUGGGGUGGGGCGCACAGGCGUGUUUAUCACGCUCAGCAUCGUGCUGGAGAGGAUGCGCUACGAGGGGGUGGUGGACAUGUUCCAGACGGUGAAGACCUUGCGGACGCAGCGGCCAGCCAUGGUGCAGACAGAGGACCAGUACCAGCUGUGCUACAGGGCGGCACUGGAGUAUCUCGGCAGCUUCGACCACUAUGCAACGUAACUAGUGCUUUCCUCCAGUCGCGGUGGGGAUGUCCGGGAGUGGAGACGGGUCCCUCUGAGCCAGAGCCGCCCAUUCCUCAGUCCUUCUGUACAGACGGAGGAGCUGCCCGGGCAGCAGACCUCCACGCCAACCAGUUUCUGACCACGGCAUUUAGGAACCUCGCCCCGGCGCCAAGCGAGGGAAUCCGACUCCAAAAGCAUUUCCAGUCUCUGGCUGAAUUUCUGCUCAUGUGCAUCUCUCGCCCUCUCACGCGACUGCAUUUCACAGCGAGGCUUUAGGUGGGUGGAAUGGGAUCUUUUUUUUAAACAUGUAAAAUAGUUACUAGUGGUUUUUAUAAUCUCCUC